AUUUAACAGCAGGGGGCGUUGAGGAAAAAAUGGUCGAGUUAAAGACGUAAUUGUCGUUUGAGAUGGAUGAAGAUAUUGCUUUAUAGCUUUUACAACUUAAGAGUGUUAAUCAAACCAAUCUUUAUUAUUGUUUUAAUCAUGAACUAUCACAUAAAAGCAAUCAUUUUUAUUCAUUCUUGGAUUCUUGUUUUUACUAGCCAAUGCCUUAAUAUGUAUCGAUCCGACUGUGAAAAUUUCAGGUUAGAAUCUUGUCCUUGUACUAUAUCUACAGAUAUAAAUGAACAUGAUUGUGUAGCUUUUUUGAAUUGUGUACAUUCUAAUAGAGAAACCUUUCAAGCUGUUCUAAAUUCAUUUACUCUAAAAAAUGAACAAAGUAUCAAUAAAUUACUACUAAUUAAUGCAACUGUCAGCUUCAGUAAUUUUUCUGAAUUGACAAGAAGUGAUACAGAUCACUUAAGUAAUGCAAAACAUUUAAAGUUUUCUCAUGAUGGCAUUGAAAGGAUUUCUGCUGAUACUUUCUUAAUGCUUAAAGAACUUGUAAGUUUAGAUUUGUCAAAUAAUAAAAUAUCCAAUCUUCCGGAAAAUGUUUUUAGCAGCUUAAUCUAUCUCAGAUUGUUGAAUUUAUCGCAUAAUGUAAUUCAUACGCUCAGGUCGAAUGUCUUUAAAAAUUUGACGAGUUUGAUUAGUCUUGACCUUUCAGAAAAUAACUUGACAGAGAUUCCCGAGGAUUUGUUCUCUUGGACGCCCUUGGUGUCCUUGUCACUUUCCAAAAACAAAAUUACUAGCUUCCCUAAAAAAAUUUUUGUAAAUUUGAAACAUUUGCGUGAAUUAGAUUUGUCGUACAACAGUUUGGUGGAAUUGUCACCACAAUGGCUUCGGCCUUUGACAAAUCUUCAGGCAAUAUCCAUUGCUUACAACAAGCUUACGACAAUUAGAAAAGAAGUCUUUGAAAAUGAUAAAUUAAACAAGAUAAAUUUAAUUGGUAACCUGUGGAAUUGCAAUGAAAAUAUGUAUUGGUUGUAUUUGUUUAUCGAAGAGAACAAGGAAAAAUUUGAAAGCUUAAGUUCGGUAAUGUGCCAGGAAUCAAAGUAUGGUUUAAAUGAAACAAUUAUGAAUAUUUUGGAAGUAGUUCAUCUUGAAAAGCAAAUUAACAAUACCGAAUUGUGUAAUUUUUGUAAUUGCUCAUUAAACCAGGAUAGAAGAUUUGUAGCGGUUGACUGUAGCAACAGGAACCUGACUGCCUUACCUGAAUUGCUUCCGGUAAAAACUCGGCAAGUGUCUCUCAAUAAUAAUCAAAUUACGUCACUAACAAUAAAAGAGUCUGCUUCCCACUGGGAAUACGUAAGAUUUUUAUAUUUAAGUAAUAACCGCAUUUCAUCAUUGCUUUCUUUACAAGAUUUUAAAUUUCACAAGAAUCUUAUUGAACUCAAUCUUAGUAAUAAUAAAUUAAAAGAAGUUCCCAUCUAUCUACUCGAUAAGCUUACUAAAUUGGAAAUCUCCUUGGGAGGAAAUCCAUGGAAGUGUGACUGCAACACGGUCAGGUUUAAAACUUGGUUGCAGGAUAAUUAUCAGAUGGUGGUAGAUAUUGGAGACAUACGUUGUGCACCUGGAGACUUAUCUCAUUCAAAUUCCAUAAUCUACUAUUUGCAGAAGUCGGAUCUGUGCCCGCAGGAACGAGUUAUAGAUUAUUUGGAUAUUCUAAAUGUCGUUAUGGGCAUUCUUAUUGUCGUAAUUAUAUCAAAAGUUACUUACGAUUAUUGGCGACAGAAACGAACGGGUAAACUUCCAAGGUUUUUCAGUUUAAAUUGAUUAGAACUUUGUUAAUAUUUUUGUUUUUGACUUAAAAAUGCUACUGUGCAUUUAAAAUAUAAUUUUGUACAGCAUCCAUUUAAGUUUUGUUGUUAAAAAUUAUGACAAAACAUUGCUGUAAAGAAUAUUGUAGCAAAUUUUUUGAUUGCUACUGAAUUUUAUUAUUGUUUUUUUAAUUUUUAUGUACAAAUUGUUGUUAAGGAAAGUAAUUUGUGCCAUUUUUAUUCAUUUCAAAUCUAUAAUACAAAUUGAAAUGAAAGUUAUUUAACUUGUUAAGUCACUAAAAAAAAAUCAAUAUUUUAAUUGGUACAUCCCAAAAAACAUCAUGAAAAAAUGUCAUUAAAAAUUUUUCUAAUCAUCUUAUAUUAUACUCUGAAUGGACAUUAUAUUUUUGUUUAAUUCAUACUUUAUGAGAAUGGAAAUGAGAAGAGAAGCAAGUAUCUUAUCUGUUUCUAUUGUUCACUUCUCAAGAAUGUUCAUACUUUGAAACAAUGAAAUAAAAUGUGCAAGUGCUUCCAAUGCUCAUCAUUGUGCUACUUUAAAGCACUUGUCAAAGUCAUAAAAGCAUUUACUAUAUUUUAUGGCAUAUAAGAUGCAAUCUUUGACCAAAAAAGCAAAAGAUUCCCUGUCUCUUAUGUGAAAUUGUGAUCUCUGAUAAGCUAAUGAAUUAUCCUGUAUAUAGGAAGAGAGUGUCUCUAGUAGGUUAUAGGUAACUUCUACCUAGCCCAAUUCCUGGAUAAAAAUAUUACUGUUUAAUUAAACUUAUUACACUGAAUAAUUUUUCCUAAAUACUCUGUGCUAAAUGGGGAUGCAUCUUAUAUGCCAUAAUGUACAGUACCUAUUUUCUUAAGCAAUUGUAAAAUGUUUUAUUAGAAACGCACAUUUUUCAAAAACAAAAUGAAGAAUUUUACAAACAAAAGGAAACUAGGGAAGAUAGUCUGAAGUACAUUUUUUAUAUAUAAAUUUUAAAUUAAUACAGGCCCAUGAGAAAAUGGAUGGUUACAAAUAGACAUUAUUAACUUUAGAAUAUUUAUUAACACGUUUUCACAUACAAAAUUUCAAACAACAUAGUCUGCCAUUUAUGUUUUGAAGAUGAUAUCACUCCAGUAAUUGAUUCACUCUCACACAAUUCAUUUUUGAAGUAUAAUUUCAAUGUUUUAAUAAAAGAAAUAAUUUCAAUAUUUUGUGAACAAAGCAUAUGGUAUGUGAAGAUUGUCUACAAAAUACUGAAACUUUAAAGGUAAUUUGUCACGUAGUUAACAACAUACCAAGAAUAUAUUGCACUACUUUAGGCACAACAUACUUUGAAAAUGAAGUGUGUAUCAAUGGAACUCACUGGAGUGAUGUUGACUUCAAAACACAAAUGGCAAACUAUGUUGUUUGAAAUCUUGUAUACAAAAACUUAGUUAUUAAAUUUUUAAUACUUAUAAAGGUCUGUUUAUAAUCACCUGUUUUACUGCCAGACCUUGUAUUCCAAUUUUGAAGCUUAAUAAGUCACUCAAAAUAUAUAAAUAGUGUAUAAAAGUAUCAAUUAACAUUUCUUGGUUACUUUGAUUAAAAACACAAAGAAUUGUUGGAAUAUUUUACUAUUUAGUAUGUUAAGAGAAAUGCAUGGAGUAUAGCAAAAUAAACUGACUUAGUGUCUCUUGCUCUCAUAUCUUUGUGGUUGUACUUAAUACGAAUCAAACUUGAGGAUUUUUCAGACCUACAUUCUACAUGAUAUUAACUGAAAGAAAUGAGAUUUUAUAUUUAAAAUUAAACUGAAUAACCAACUUCCUCACAAGGUUGUAAAACUUCAAUUUAAUUCCAAAUUGGUCUCAAUGUCAAAAUCAUUUUAAAUACAUAAUUACUUAUGUAAACUCAUUAUAUAUAGAAAAUAUAUUCUAUAAUGUUGAUUCUAUAUUCUUCAAAUUGUGUUGUGAAAUGAUGUUAUAGUUGUUCAAAUGAUUAUGUACAGUACAUGUAUAAAGUGGUAAUUUUUACAUCAUGUUUUAAUAUAAAGAUUUCAGAUCCCUUAAUCCACAGUUUAAUUAAAUCAAGAAAUGUCGGUACUUAAUGUUUAAUAAUCUUAA